ACGUGUUUGCGCACCGGCGAGGUGAGGUUAGUUUAACUCGUGGCUGAAAUUUUUAGGACGAAUGAUUGACUAUUUUUAAUUUUAUCGCUAUAAAAAUUUUACACAUAUAUAAUUCUCACAAUGGACGCGUUGGCGACGGGAAGUUUAACGGGUUCACAACGAGAUGAGCUGAUGCAACAAGUAAAACAACAAAUAGCAGUCGCCAAUGCUCAGGAAUUGCUCACGAAAAUGACGGAAAAGUGCUUCAAAAAGUGCAUAAGCAAGCCGGGCACCUCACUGGACAGCUCGGAACAAAAAUGUAUAGCAAUGUGCAUGGAUCGAUACAUGGACUCAUUUAAUCUUGUGUCUAAAACAUAUAGUGAACGACUCCAAAGAGAACGCAACAGAAUGUAAAUAUAGAAAUUUGGCGAAAUAUGUUGUUAUUUGUUAACCAAGCUGUAAUUGAAUGAUGUAAUCAAAGUGGAUCAUACAGUGUUCAUUAGUUGUACAGAUACAUUUUUUUAUCUGAUGAACAGUGAAGAUACAUUAUUAUCAUUUUCACUGAAUAAGGUCCUUGGUUUUCUUAAUUCAAAAAUUUAACAUGUAUACCACUGUAAAUGAUGUAUGAUAUAGUCAAAGUACAACAUGUAAUAUAAUGUCAUCAUCUAUUAAAAGUGCAGAAGCUUAGUUAUUUAUUACGAUACAUAAUUAUAUCUUUUAUGUAGUAAUAAAUAUCUUUGUAAAUGCAAACUAAAGAAAUACAGGUGAUACCACCUAUCCAUCACAAUGAUUAUAAUGGGACAAAAUGCAUCCUUGGAAGGAUGCAGAAAAGAAAAGAAUAGGCAAUGAUUGCAAAAGAGAAAAAUCUUUAUAAAAUAAAUAACAUAUACAUGAUUACAUAUUAUUACAUCAUACUUGAAAAUCAUAAAUAAGUAACAUAGGUGUUUUGUAAAACCCACAAUUCCACAGUAUUUUUAUUUGCAUCCUUUAUAAUUAUUUCAUACACACUAAAAGGCACGGUAUAGCUACCAAUGUUUCAACGUGGUUACAAAAUAAUUAUCUGCGACCAUGCGAAGAAGUAACUGUAAAGCAGGUAUUAUUAGUACUAAUACUUUGCUCAUGAAAAUUUCAAACUGUGGAUUAUGAAUAAACUAUGACUAUGGCUAUCUAUUCUGAAAAUAUCGAGCUUGUCACUCUGUGAAGUGUGCAUUUAAACACCGCUGUGUUAUAUGUACAUACAUUUUUCACAAUAAAAUUAUUACUUGAUCUAAUAUAUUACUUGCAUCGGAUAUGUUCUUCCCAUAAAAGCUGCGUCAAACAACAGUGUAUCAAAAAGAAGAUAUCGAUCAUCCCCGAGUACGAGUAAAUACAUUCAAAAGCAUUACGAGGCAUACGAGACAAGUAGCUUACAUCUCAGUAUCAUCUUUCAAAAGUGACGAUAGAUUUUACACGUUUCCUAGAUAUAUAUUUAUGUUACAAAUGUGUGAAAGAAGUGAAGGAAACGCAACGCAAAUCCUAUUCUCUCUUUUUUUUUUAAUACAAGAUAUAUAAGUAAUAUAUAGUCCGCAUUGUCGUCUUAAGAUUAAAGAAAGUGUUCAAAAUCGUCUCAAGUAGAAAUGUACGCGUAGAGCGUAGAAAUACCCUGCAAAUGAAUCCUAUUAAAAACGAACUUCCUGCUGCUCCGAAAAUUCGAGUAAAACCUGUAAUUCCUGCGACAAAUGUAAAAUGCUCCUUAAAUUAUUCCACUUACAGUCUAGGAUGAGAAAUAUACUUAUCCUGUAAACGUGCUUGCUAAUGGUAA